AUGGGUCUCGACGAAGAAGGUCGAGGACAGAAGACGGAAGUCUACGUUGAGAUGAUGCAUGGCGACGAGGCUGCCGGCCAGUCCCAGCUGCAGCUCAGCGCAUUCGUGUUGGUCGUUACGGGAAUAGGUUUUCUGCCACGGACAUCGGUGAUGUGCGUAGGCCGGAAGGAGGCGCAAAUCCAGAACAACCGCUCUACAAGAGUAGUCGUGAAGCGCCACUCGCAGCUAGCAUGCAACAAGCAGAAGGAGGUCUACGGCUCGAUGGGCGGAUGGAAAAGAAGAGCUCUGCUCUGGUUAGAUGGCCUUGCCUCGAAGUUCCCUCAGUGGGCAUCCAACUUCAUCUUCGUGGAUGAGCUUCCACCCGACUUUUCAGUGACGGCCGUAGACUCUGCCAACAGAGUGAUGGCGAUGGAGCAUGUGGAGGAUCAUGUCUAUGGGCUCCAGUGGCAUCCAGAGGUCAUUAACAGCAAGGUGGGGCGCAAAAUCGUUGACCGCAUCUUCUCACUGGUCGGCAAGCGACGCACGGCCCCGCGAGGCAUUUCUGAUCCUCCACAAGGUGUCAAGGUUGAGCCUCCAACGGGCUCACUUCAGGGCCCGGAGGAUGUGGAGGUCUUCAGCUGGCAUGAAGUCGACCUGGAGCUCCGAAGGCUCGUCAAGGAGCUUAUCCAAAGCAGCGGUGGCGGCAGAGCCUCUGCUGAUCUGGGAAAGUUACUCGCGGGUCGGCGACGUGAGCUGAUGACAACGCUUCGCAGCUCGCACGCAGCGCCGCGUGUCGGAGCCGAUGGCGAUGGCAGCCUUGGAGAGGCGCUGGGCGCCGCGAGCGCCUCCCUGCGAGAGGUGGCGAGUGCCUGGUUGCUGAACCCAGCUCCGGCAGGGUAA